AUGAUAAAUUAGAAUAAUUGUAAAAGUUUUGUAGCUGUUAAUCGAAGUCUAACAAACAAAAAGGUGCAAAAAUUUAUUCAUUAAGACUUAAAAAAACUUCGACGAAAGCAAAAGAAUUUAGAUGAACUCUUUGGAGAAUUAGAAGAUUUUGCUCAGGUUAGUUUAUCAAAGAAUUAUUCUUUUGAAAAUAUUGAUGAAGACGAUUAAACUGCAUUUGAAUUGAUUAAUGAGACUUAUUAAUUAAAAAAAUAAGAACUAGAAUAGAAUUCAUCAUAAAAUAGCAGUAGAAUUUUGCCAAAUGUUUUUAGUAAACAAAAAUCUGAGAGAUCUUUGAGAGAAUAAAAAGAAGUAAACAGAUAAACAAGUAUUACUAAAAUUAAUUUAACUUAAAAUGAUGACUCACUUAUUAGCGAUUAAAGUAUAAAAAUAAGAGAAAAUUAUUAAAGUCAACGUAAUCUAAAUUCGAUUAAAGUUCUUGAAUAAUACUCUAAAACAUAACCUAGAGUUAAACUUAUUAACAAAAAAAUAGAAAUUAAAAAAGAGAAAAUCAAUGAGUUUGAUAAAUUACCAUUAAUUUGGCAACAAUAUUAUAACAUUUAACCAGAAAAGGAAAAAGCUAAAGCAAAAAACUCGAUUUUAAAAAUAAGUGAAUAGUUUAAAGAAAUGGAGAGAGAGAAAAUUCUUGAGCCAUUCAUCAAGGAUCAAAAAUUAAAAGUUAAAUUAAUGACUCCAUUUAUUGUGAGAAAGGAUAAACCGUAUUUUGUUGCAGAAAAUAAAGAUAAUAGUAUUUAAAUCAUAAUAUAUAUAGAGAAUCUAAUUGAUAAUAUGAAAAAUGAAAAUACGAACUUAAAUAAAGAUGAAUACUUAAUAGUAAAUUAUGAGCAAAUCUUGGAUUAUAUUUGA